AUGUCGUUGCGCGGUCCCAUGAAGCGAUCUCACCUUAGACAGGUGAGCGCUGCUAGUUUGGACACGCUCUCCACCUCGCGCUCCUUGGGCUCACAGUCUCACAAUGACAUUCUGAGUGAUCGACCAACCACACCGGAGGAGAGGACUGUCCGGUUGCCCUCGAUCGGUCUGGAUCGACCACAAUGCUCGCUCUGGGUCCAUGAUGAAACCUUCUCGAGAGAGGAGAUCCUGUUCAAUCCCGCCGCCUUCGGUGACACCGAGGUCAAUGUGGGCGAUGUCAUUGAGAUCCUCCCCGCCCGGUAUCCCGGGGAUGGUGCGCAUCCGGUAAAGACGGAUGCCGGCCCGAGGUCGUUGCGCGAUAGCCAUGUGGAAUCGGGCUCGACCCUUCAUUCGGACCCCUUGUCGAAGUUCAAAACUCCGCUACAGAACCGUUGUCUCUUUGUCGUCAAGCCGCUGCCGCACGAUAUCAAGACCCGGCAUCCGAAGCUGGAGAUCUCAGUCACCACUAGUAUAGCUAAUAUCUUUGGGUUUAAGAAUCGCUCGACCGUGCACAUCUCGAUCGUGGAUCGUGCGCAGUGCGCAGCGUCCCAUGUGGACAUUGCUUUUCGCGAUCAGUACAUGGUCCGCUCGGACAUGUGGAGACUGGUCAUGUCGGAAUUGGCUGAGAAGAUCGUCUACAAGGGCCAGAAGAUCGUGUUCAUGGGUAGUAUCAAGGCAACCGUAAAGAAUAUUUUCAUUCGCGAGAAGAAGGCGCUCUCGGGAUUUUUCUCUCCGCAGACCAUUCCGGUGUUUCGCAGCGAAUCGGCAAAGUAUGUGCUGUUCAUUCAGAUGUCGAGAGAAAUGUGGGAUUUUGAUUCCGAAGGCACGGGCGACAUUCUCUUCAGUCGGGUCAUCAAUGGCUUUUUGCCGGAGCUUUUCAAGCGGUGGGCCAAUACCGAUGCUAGGCAUCUAGUCACCAUAGUGCUGUUUACACGAGUCGAAUACGAUGCGUCGGCCAUGGGAACCUCGACCACUUUGAGCUCGGAGAAUCUGAAGAGCAUGUUUAACCCGAACCAUGUGCCUACGCGAGACUUCUAUCGAGUAGUGGUGAACGAUAUGGCGAGUGGCCAUUGGACCACGAUCUUGGAUGAGUUGAAAAAAGAUUUUCGGUCAUUCUUGAGGGAUGUUUCAAUCCUUCACCAUCAUGAUGCCGAUACUCCCACCGCCAAUGGCGCCAAACAAACCUCGCAGGACCAGCCGCCAACAAUCGCAGGACGGCCGAGUACCGCUCUUCGCGGCAAUAUUCUCGAGGCAAUUCACUUGGCGUCGUCACAUCUGGCAUACGAUCACAUAGAUCGGGACAUGGUGCAUACAGGCACGUCUAUUAUCGUCAUUACUCCGGGAAGUGGUGUUUUUGAAGUGUCGUAUGAGUCUUUGGCGUCUACUACAGAGGCUCUCACCAAUCGUGGGAUUGCCAUCGAUCUGGUCUGCCUCAGUCCCAUGCCUCUUCACUCCGUGCCUUUGUUCAAAUACCGAGAGCCUGUUCGAAGACCGUCGAGCUCUUCGUUUGCUGAAAUUCAGAAUGGUGGCUACUCUCCUGAGAUGCACCAUUCGUUUGCUAGCUUGGUGAAUCGCACAUCGCAUCUUUCUCCUAAAUCAGUCAUACACGACUCCCUCCCUGGAAUGGGUUUCAAGAAGCCGUGGUCCUCAGGAUCCCGAGAUUGGAACUACGGGAUUCCCCACUGGUUGGACAUAUCGUACUGGAAUCCUGCAACGUACAGGGAAGCCCGACGAAUCUUGAAAAAAGACCCCAAUGCACCGAUACCAUUCACGGUCACCAGAAAGUCCAAGCUGUUUGUACCCAGAGUUCGAAUGUACGAAAUCCAAAUGAAUGGGAUCAUGGAGAGUGAACAAUCCAACAUUUCCAUUCCUUAUCUUCUGGAGGGACAAGGUGCUGCUCGAGGCCCCAGUGCUGGUCUCAGUAUGAGCCCCGGCACUCUGGCUCCUGCCAAAGCUUCCCUCACUCGCAAUUCCUCGUUUAGGCACCAGCUAGGUGAUAGUCUGCGGCCCGAACCAUUUCUUCAAAAUAUGCCGAAGGACGUGAUGAUGGCGAAAUCCAAGAAAUUGGCGCCGAGUUCGACGCUCGCAUGGAUGGACAGCUACGACGAUAGUGUGUUCCAUCCCUUCCCUAAACGGCGUCAACGCCGAAAGCCUGUAAAACAGAAGCGUCCAAGUGAGCCCGAUGUGCAAAUAUCCAGUGCGCAUGACCGCAUUUCGGCUCGAUCGAUUUCACAUCUUCGGAAACAUGAAACUGAGUCCAAUGAGCGCGAAAACCCAGUCAUAUCCGAGCCUCGGAACAUUGACGGGUCGUUGGCAAUCCCAAAGAGCCCGGUUUCUACCAAAAGCGCAUCUCCCAAAAAGCCUGCCCUUAAAUCGAGUUCUUCGUUGAAGUUGCCGCGUAUAUCGCGAACCAUUAGCUUUGCUCUGCGCGGUCUGACUGCCGCUCCACCUCGCGCUCAGGCGAGCACUGAGGUCAAUGUAGAACAUGCUAGGGGUAUGCCAACGUCGAAUCAGAAGAAGAUCACAGGCGUACUUGCAGACAACAAAAGUACGGACUCAGCGAGUAUAUCCGAUAGUGCAUCGACGUCCACCGUGAUUGAUACUUCUGCCCCAAGCUCCACACCUCGAAAGUCCAUCGAGGGUUCUUCUAUGACCCCCACGCGACCGAUCUCUAUCAAAGUGCCUUCCAAACAACCCGAUGAGAGCUCGGAGCAGCCAGAACGUACUGAAAUUCCAGAGUCCUACUCAACAACUGGCACCGAGAUCCCCCUCAAUGAAGACGCCCGUCACGAGGCUCAGUCGAGAAAGCGUGGUCCCAGGUUUGAGUUAACGGUGAACGGCGGCUCGCGCGGUGGGACACCCAAAUCUCCCCAGAGCAAAGCACUGGCUCCCUGGGUUCGCUCGGUCAAUCCAUGCAAUACCCCUCGAGAUGUCUUGCGGGAUACUAGUUGGUUUGGACGCUGGCAACAUGCCUAUCCAAGACCGCCCCACGUCGCUGUGGUCAAAUGGAAGAGCUUAAAGUCACCUGCCAUUCUGCCACUCACGACGGAAGAAUUCCCCAGUGCAAGCGAACUUGCUUCGGACUACCUGCAAACACCAUAUCGCGUCUUUCCCAACGAUGAUCCUGAGGGCACUGAAGCUCCCAAAACUCGCGGCGUGCUCCUGCGAGAGAUGAUCUCUCUUCGCCUCUCUCACGGAUUUCAGAUCGUCGUCGGGAAAACUGUGGUCGAAGUCUCGGGGCAGUAUGCGCUGCAAUCUCCCAACGUCUUUGACACCCAAGGGUUAGAAAAGGAUGGGGCCACUGUCUUCUUGUCGAAGGGGAACACUAUCCACCGGCUGAUCUGUAUUGAUAGUGCGGAGAUUGAAGUCACGCGGUUUACUCAUCGGGUUUCUUCUUCCUUAUCGUCUGAAAAGAGGCCUAAUUUCAGUAUUUACUCUCCGGCCAUGCGCACAAUAUUGAGCCCUGAAUAUGGGAUCAAAGACAUAAGACUCGAUUCAACUGCCGAGGAGUACAACUGGAAUUAUGCCGAUAACUAUGUUGCCGGGCAUCGAGAUUAUCUGUUUAACCCAGCCCAGCAACUGCAAUUCUGGCGUGUACGUUACGUGCUCAUCCCGAUGCAGCUGCAUGUUCAAUCUCGUCGGCAUAUCCAGUCCUUCAACGAGGAUAACGAAGAAGAAAUCCAUCUACUCGGAAUCAAUCAACUCACUCAUAUAUGGCAACGACACAAAUACGUGCCCCCAGAGGAGAAGAGGUUCGAGAGCUCCAACAAAAAGAGAGACCAGAACCCCCUCAACAUCAUGUAUCAAACCCGGAACCCACCUGAGGUGGUUGCUGCAGAGCUGGAUCGAAUCUUGCUUACAGACCCUGGGCUGGAUAACUCCCCUGCGCAACUGUUACCCGAGUCAGAGUUACUUGAGCGCUCGAGCAUUAGUCUUUCUUCGUUGGCACAGAUUAUCCAAGGGGAUAAAGGUGUCCGAAUGAUGGACCGCAGAUGGCACUGGCGAUUGCAUUACAACUGUUUCAUCGGCUUCGAGCUCACUACCUGGUUACUUCAAAACUUCCGCGAUAUUGACAGCCGCGAGGAAGCAGUUGAAUUCGGCAACGAGCUGAUGAAGCAUGGUCUAUACCAACACGUCGAGAAACGACAUAAUUUCCGGGACGGAAACUACUUCUACCAGAUAUCUAGCGAGUAUCGGAUCUCGCGCCCUGAGUCUCGCGGCAGUUGGUUCCCUCAGAUCCGAACCGACAAGUCGGUUCCUUCUACGCCGGCCGGCGAACGUCCCCGAGAUUCGCCAGCUAGCAUUCCUAGUGCCCAUGCUAGGACAGAAAGUACGGACGAGUCCACAGCGCAGACGCCGAAUACUCCAUCCAAAUCCAAGAACAAAGCCACGAUCAUGCUGUCGAAGUCGAUGAAAUAUGACGUCGAUCCGCGCAAACGAUCCAAUCGACCCGAGGUCAUUGAUCUCCACUACGAUCGACUGCAUAACCCGGAUAACUGCUUUCAUAUUGAACUUAGCUGGAUGAACACGACUGCGAAGCUGAUUGAGGAUACCGUACUGUCAUGGGCUGCUACGGCGGAAAAGUUCGGGCUCAAGCUUGUGCAGGUCCCAAUCGCCGAGGCCUGUGCCAUUGACGAGACGCAACCGUUCCGAAAGCCCUAUCUUGUCAAGCUUACAACGCUCCCUCCCAAGGCGCCUGCUCCUACGCUGUUUCACCACGGAUCGUUUUCGCAGCAGGGUACCCCCGAUCGUCACUACUUCCAGAAAGCCCUCUUGCGCAAAUUCGAAUUUGUCCUAGACUUCGAGGCGCGGUCCGCCUUCCCUGCCGACGUGGAGGUGUCUUAUUCUUGGGGCAUUCCUGAUUACCGUUAUCCGCAGUAUAUCCACCGAUCCGGCAGCGUUCUGGCACAGAUCACCGACGAGGGUGACUUUCUCUUCCUUGCCAAUCGGCUAGUCAGUACACGAAGUGCUGCCAGUCGCGAUAUGCCUCGACACGACCGUUCCGACCAAUACCGAGCGAGGGCUAGCACGUAUGAUCCUAUGGAUCGUGCAUCGCCUCGCCUGUCCCCCAUAACCCGCCCAAUUCACGACCCCAACAGCCCCAUCAGCCCUCAGGGCCCGACCAGCAUUGAUUCGGCCAACCUCUACCGCGCCCCCGAGCACAUUUUGAGCGCGUUCGUGGACUUCUGCAGCGACUCAACCAAGCUGGAGCAAUUCUACAGCGAGUCUCUGAUCCGACCGGUAUCCACCAAGGUCGAACCGGCCCAUACGCCUCUGAUGGAUUCUUCGAUUCCUUCACUUGAGUUGCCGGCCAGCGUUGUCAGCCACCAUAUCUCCCCUCCGCCAGCACUUUCUCGGGGGGUACAGCCCUCGACGAUUUCGUCUUUGGAUUCGAUCGCGCGGCCGCGAGAGGAACCCAGUGGGCAUCGAAGUCCGCGAAGUACCGGGCUGCGACCGGUUCGAUUGGUAUGACGAUGGGUUAUGUGUUAUGGCAGGGAUGUACUAGACUAUCUGUGGUUAUGUAAUGAGUUAGUUGAUCAAAUUAAUGUCUCCA